AAUAUAAAAAUUAAUAUCGUCGUUCACGUCGUUGUUGCAAGAGAUAAGCUUAUCAGAACUCGUCAUGAUCUCUCUUUCGCUCUCGUUACAAAAUGGCGAAGGCGGACAAAGAUACGACCGUCUGCAUACACGUACAUGAUUUUCAAGUCGCUGACGUAACCCUCAACAUUUAAUUUUUUUAUUCAACGAUAUGAAGGAUGAAUAUGAAGGAAAGAGACGAAUCAAUAAAGCCCUUGGAUACUACCGUGUCCUUUGAAAAUUACAUCGAACAUUUAAUUACGUUAUUGAAGUAUCUUCGUAUUUGGCGACAAAGGAAUAUAUUUUCUAUGUCAAAACUAUUCGUACUAACCAUCACGAUUGCACUAUCUCUCUUUGCUAAUUUUCUACUUAUAAUAUCGGAAAUUCUAAUGGUGUCGGGUAACUUCGAUAUCGAGCGACUUUCGAAUACUAUCAAUCCUUUGGGUCUUCAUAUGACCGGUUUCAUCAAAUGGAUUUAUUGUAUAAGCAAGGGCAAAGAAAUUAGUAGGAUCGUUGCUGAUUUAAACCGAUGUUACUUACUUUCGAAGAAAACUAGAAUUAGUAAGACAGGAUGUGAUUUUUCUAAAACAGAAAUGGAAACGGUAUAUAAAGAUUCAAGGAUAUGGCAAUAUUUGUGGACAACGUUUUGCGUUUACGGAAUACUUCACUGGUGUUUCAAUGCGCUUAUUCAAAAAUAUUAUGGUCAGAUGAACAAUUUGAAUACAAAUGAUAGUAACGCCAACAUUGAUUACGAUUCAUUACCAUAUAUAACAUGGCAACCAUGGGAUAUCGGAACUGAUAAGGGUUAUGCUUAUUCAUUUAUUAUUCAAUUGAUUGGUGCAUUAACCUCGACUGUUGGUGCAGCUUGUUACGAUAGCUUGCAUAUUUGUAUUUUAAUGGUAAUUUGUGGACAAUUGCGAUGCUUAUACUUUUCAUUGAUCGAAAUUGAUACUAUCGUCGAUGUAAGAACAAUCGAAGAACUCGAAAGGAAAUUACGUUGUUGCGUCGAUCAUCAUAGAGCUGUGUUAAAAAUAUCCAAGGAUCUGGGAUCUUUUGGGAAUUUACCAAUGUUUGUACAGUGCUUAGAAAAUAUAAUCAUCAUUUGCUUGUUAUCUUUUGAAAUGUCGGUCAUUGAAAUUAAGACGGACUCGGAAUCAAUGACGAAAUUACUAAGUUUAUUGGAAUAUUUUUCAGCAUUGUCAGUGCAAUUAUACAUCUUUUGCUUUUAUUCUACCAGAAUUUACUCGUUGGGUUUACAAAUCGCCGAUGCUGUCUAUGCAUGUAACUGGGAAAUAACAAUAUAUGAUAAAAUAGAAAGCACAACAAAAGACAAGCAAUUAAUAAUGAAAGUAAAACAUUUGAUACUAUUAUUAUCAUUGCGUGCUCAGAAGCCUAUUAUAAUGACUGGCGGUCCAUUCUAUGUAUUAUCCUUGGAGACUUUUAAAUCAAUAAUGAGUUUUGCAGUUUCGAAUGCGGUAAUACUUCGACAAUUAUCUGAAAAUUAAUGUAUAAUUUUAAUAAUUUGAUUUUUAAUUAAAAACGAAGAAAAGAUAU